AGGAAUCCACCUGUCUUGGUCUCCCAAAGUGCUGGGAUUACAAGCAUGAGCCACCGAACCUUGCCUUAAAAGAUUUUCAUAUUCCUGACUAGAAAUUCUGGUACAUUAGAAAACAUCUGAUUUCUCUUGAAUAUAAUUUCAUUUCUUUUCAUCUAGAAUUCUUCACAAGUAUUUUUUCUAAUAUAGUAAAUUUUGAGUUUCAAAAAAAGCAAAUACUGAAUAAAAUCUGAAGUGCUCAGUAGAGCUAAAAUGAACUAGGUAUUUUCCAAUAACAUUUAACAAGAGCAAAGUAAUACAAAUUUGAGACUAGAAAAGGGCACAAAUGCCAUCACUGAUUUAUAAGUAAUUAAUUUAAAAAUAGUCAUCAACAAUGAUCUUUUAAAAGGAAACCUUGAGAAUGCUGAUACUAAGCUGGUCUCUGUUUAGAGAAAACUUAAACAGUGUAACGGUUUUUUUUUUUUUUUUUUUUUUAAAGAUGGGGUUUCACCAUGAUGGCCAGGCUGGUCUUGAACUCCUGACCUCAGGUGAUACACCCACCUUGGCCUCCCAAAGUGCUAGGAUUACAGACAUGAGCCACCGUGCCUGGCUAAAUAGUGUAACUGUUAAGAUCUAAACACCAAUUUUCUGAAAUAAGGCAAAACCGUAUUUUCAAUACUUACAUUUUCUCCAAUGUAAAAUCUACAGGGAAAAAAAGCUGUGAGCCACUCCUAAAUCCAGAGAUCUUCUGUUUAAAAAUAAGCAGUAAAAAAGUUUCUGCUAAAACCUAUGUAUACAUGUAGAAUUCAGGCCUUUCUGUGCUCUUCUUCUAUAUAAGGUUGCAACCAGAGCAAAUUAAUGGCGUUCCACAGCAAAGGCAGAAAAGCUAGAUAAGAACCUGGUUUCCCUGCUAUAAGUUAGAACUAUAGAAAUCACUAUAGGCUAAAAGAGCAGAAUCUUCAUAGAAUGAAACAUCUAGAAUAGAUCGAUGAUAUCUUAUUUUUUCUUAAAUGGGAAAAACAGCUCAGGCGCAAUCCCAAAAAAACUAUCUUAAGCUAAAAUGAUCAAGUUUAUUACAGUCCCUCUAAAUAUUAAAGAGAGCUCUUAAAAAAUAUAACUUGAAUAAGGCCCAUGAACUGGUUUAACACACUUAACAGUGGUUUUAUGAAUCACAAUGAAUCCUGCUACUCUCUAAAAAUGAAUAUAUCAAAGAGGAAAUAACUUCCUUGGCAUGCUCACAGCUAUACAACGUAUUUGUUUCACUGCUUUCAACCGCCUGUGCUGGAGGCUCAGAAUAAGUCAAUGAGAGGAGGACUUCAGGCACAGCAGCAAGCAAGUCUGCUGAACGGAUAAGAUGACAUGCUCGGGAAGGUAACAACAAAGCCAGAGGGGAACCUCUCUGGCAUGCAAGUUCAAACACGUCUCUACAACUACGGCAGAAAAAGAGAGAAACUUAAAAAAAAACCCUCCUAUUUUUUUCAUAGCUAUCAGUUUCUUUCAGAGCCUUCCUAAAUUUAAGCCUCUAGAAAAUAUUAAAUUCUUGGAGAUCUUACCUACACACAUGGACAGAUGUGUUCAUGUGCUCAUUUUUGAGAACUUGAAUUUUUUUUUAAAGGAAGGUGUCAUCUUUGGUUUUGAGUGUUUGGCUGGGUACAAUGCUUUAAAAAAAACCAGAUGACCAGCUUAGCUACUGACCAUGCUGACCACUGUUCGGAACGACACUGAAUCACAGAAAAACAGCAAAUGGGUCUCUCUCAUAGAGUGUCUGAACUUCAAAGCACAAUUCCUGGGCACAUUUUGCAGAGCACCUUUGUUCACUUUAUCUCUUCUAACUGGUCUGGAUUACAGACAGAAUCAAUACCGGAAGAAAUGAAACUGAUUGUUGAGGAACAGGGAAAUAAACUGCACUGGGCAGCUCUUCUGAUACUCAUGGUGAUAAUACCCACAAUUGGUGGAAAUACCCUUGUUAUUCUGGCUGUUUCACUGGAGAAAAAGCUGCAGUAUGCUACUAAUUACUUUCUAAUGUCCUUGGCGGUGGCUGAUUUGCUGGUUGGAUUGUUUGUGAUGCCAAUUGCCCUCUUGACAAUAAUGUUUGAGGCUAUGUGGCCCCUCCCACUUGUUCUAUGUCCUGCCUGGUUAUUUCUCGACGUUCUCUUUUCAACUGCAUCCAUCAUGCAUCUCUGUGCCAUUUCAGUGGAUCGUUAUAUAGCCAUCAAAAAGCCAAUCCAGGCCAAUCAAUAUAACUCACGGGCUACUGCAUUCAUCAAGAUUACAGUGGUGUGGUUAAUUUCAAUAGGCAUUGCCAUUCCUGUCCCUAUUAAAGGGAUAGAGACUGAUGUGGAUAACCCAAACAAUAUCACUUGUGUGCUGACAAAGGAACGUUUUGGCAAUUUCAGGCUCUUUGGCUCACUGGCUGCCUUCUUUACACCUCUUGCGAUUAUGAUUGUCACCUACUUUCUCACUAUCCAUGCUUUACAGAAGAAAGCCUACUUGGCCAAAAACAAGCCACCUCAACGCCUAACAUGGUUGACCGUGUCUACAGUUUUCCAAAGGGAUGAAACACCUUGCUCAUCACCUGAAAAGGUGGCAAUGUUGGAUGGUUCUCGGAAGGACAAGGCUCUGCCCAACUCAAGUGAUGAAAUUCUUAUGCGAAGAAUGUCUACAAUUGGAAAAAAGUCAGUGCAGACCAUUUCCAAUGAACAGAGAGCCUCAAAAGUCCUAGGGAUUGUGUUUUUCCUCUUUUUGCUUAUGUGGUGUCCCUUCUUUAUUACAAAUGUAACUUUAGUUUUAUGUGAUUCCUGUAACCAAACUACUCUCCAAAUGCUCCUGGAGAUAUUUGUGUGGAUAGGCUAUGUUUCCUCAGGAGUGAAUCCUUUGGUCUACACCCUCUUCAACAAGACAUUUCGGGAUGCAUUUGGCCGAUACAUCACCUGCAAUUACCGGGCCACAAAAUCAGUAAAAGCUCUUAGAAAACACUCUGGUAAAAUCUACUUCCAGAAUCCAAUGGCAGAGAACUCUAAGUUUUUUAAGAAACAUGGAAUUCGAAAUGGGAUUAAUCCUGCCAUGUACCAGAGUCCAAUGAGGCUCCGAAGUUCAACCAUUCAGUCUUCAUCAAUCAUACUAUUAGAUACACUUCUCCUCACUGAAAAUGAAGGUGACAAAACUGAGGAACAAGGUAGUUAUGUAUAGCAGAACUGGCACAGCUGUCAUCAAACACGAUGAGUAAGAUGAUAAAUGAGAUGCAAACGCACCAAGAAUAUAUUAUAUAAAGAAUUUUAUGUCAUAUAUCAAAUCAUCUCUUUAACCUAAGAGUUAACUAUUAAGAAUAUCCAGUUUUCCUCAUUCGGACAAAAUUAUUCCAUGAGGAAAAUAAUUUUGUAUAGCUACAAAUGAAAACAAUCCAGCACUCUGGUUAAAUGUUAAGGUAUUCAAAUGAAAUAAAAUCAAAUCAAUAAAUUACAGGCUUUAAAAAAAACACUGUCAUCA